AGUCCUCUUCUUGCAGAGGAUAGAGCUGGAGGCAGCCUAUCUCUCUGCAGGUGGCCAGAGGCACUAAACAGGAAAUCCCUGCCCUGAAGUGAAUGAAUAAAAAGGUCAGCUGAAUCUGGAAGGCUGCUGUGUUAAGCUAUAGGGGACAUCCAGGCUGAAAAAGCUACAUUGAGCAGCAGCUACUCUGAUUCUGCAUCAUGAGUACUCUGUCUGAAGCAAAUGGCACCUUUGCCAUCCAUCUAUUGAAGAUGCUAUGUCAAAGCAAUCCUUCCAAAAAUAUAUGUUUUUCUCCUGUGAGCAUCUCCUCUGCUCUAGCUAUGGUUCUCUUGGGUGCAAAGGAGCAGACUGCAGUCCAGAUAUCUCAGGCACUAGGUUUGAAUAAAGAGAAAGACAUCCAUCAGGGAUUCCUGAGGCUUCUCAGGAAUCUGAACAAGCCAGACAGAAAGUACUCCCUUAUAGUGGCCAACAGGCUCUUUGCAGACAAAACUUGUGAAGUCGUCCAAACCUUUAAGGAGUCCUGUUUUCGCUUCUAUGAUUCAGAGAUGGAGCAGGUCAACUUUUUCAAAGCUGCAGUGGAGUCCAGGCAACGCAUAAACAUGUGGGUCUCCAAACAGACUGAAGGCAAAAUCCCAGAGUUGUUGCCAGAUGACUCAGUUAAUUUCCAGACCAGGCUGGUUCUUGUCAAUGCCUUAUAUUUCAAAGGGAUGUGGGCUCGCCAGUUUUGCAAAGAAUCCACCAGGGAAAUGCCAUUUUACAUAAACAAGGAUGAGAAAAGGCCAGUGCAGAUGAUGUGUCAGACAGGCACGUUUAAGUUCGCCUUUGUGGAUGAGUUGCCAGCUAGAUUGCUGAUAAUGCCCUACGAAGGCAUGGAGCUGAGCUUGAUGGUCCUGCUCCCAGAGAAGGGUGUGGACCUCAGCAAGGUGGAAAAUGAUCUCACUUUUGAAAAGUUAAUAGCCUGGACCAAACCAGACAUUAUGUGGUCCACUGAGGUUAAGGUUUUUCUUCCAAAAUUUAAACUGCAAGAGGAUUAUGAGAUGAAAUCUGUGCUUCAGUGCUUGGGAAUUGCGGAUGUCUUCGAAAAAGAAAAGGCUGACUUAUCAGCAAUGUCUCCAGAGAGAAACCUAUGUCUGUCCAAGUUUAUUCACAAGAGUGUAGUGGAGGUCAAUGAGGAAGGCACAGAGGCUGCAGCAGCAUCCUCCGCUGAGGGUAUCAUUCCCCUCUGCUUAGGUGGUGGCCCAUCAUGGUUCUGUGCUGACCACCCCUUCCUUUUCUUCAUCAGGCACAACCAAACCAACAGCAUCCUGUUCUGUGGCAGGUUCUCAUCUCCAUAAAGGCACAUUACUAUGUGGGGAGAGUUCACACUCCAGCAUCUCCACCACUCCUACAGCUCUGUGAGAAUGGGCAAAGAGAGGGAAACCAUGUUCAAAGAUGAAGGCACUUUCUCCCUGUCAGCCUGAUCUUAUGAUGCCUGUUUUCACCUUUCCCUAGCCUGAAUGCACCUGUGCUCUUUGCACAGUUAUGUCUAACCAUGCUAUAUACCCUCUGUUAUGCCACUGAUACCCAUAACUUAUAGUCAAUUAUGUAGAACCAGUUAGAAGGGAUUUUACUGUACAAGACUUGCUACUCUUGCAGAGGACCAAGGAACAUUUCCCACCACUCACCUGACUGCUCACAAGCCCUGAAAUUCUAGUUCCCAUCUAUUACUUGAUUUUUUUUUUUUUUUUGGCUUCUACUGGCUCUUGUAUGCAUAUGUGCACUUAUCCAGACUGAGGAUUUUACAAAGCAGUAAAUUUAAAUUUACAAACAAGUAAAUUUUAAAAAAAUAAAGGAAAUUUUAAGAGUGCCAAGGGUUUUACUAAUGGUUGAAUAAUUUUGACUAUGUGAUUUUUUGGAUUUAAUGCAAUUAAUCUUGUAACAAAAUAAAAAAAAUUAUGUGUAGGUA